AUGGAGGACCUCAACGGCUUGAGUUGGUCCUCCGACACUAGCAAGACAAAUAAGCCCCCACCCAUGGGCUCUGGAUACCUGUUCCCUAGUAUUCCAUCAAACGGCGGCUCUGGCAGGUCUACACCGUUAUCCGCCACAUCAAAUCGCUCAAGCUCGCCAUCAAAGCCCGCCGUAUCGACUGGUGACAGCUUCGCCAACCUAGUUUCAUUUGGCCCUGCCGCUGGAAACAAGAACCUUUCUCUUGCGGAACAACAGAAGCGCAUGCAGGAGGAGAAGGCCAAGAAGGAGGCCGAAAAUCGCAGCCGGUUUGAAUCGCAAUACGGAGGACAGAACAAUCAAUUCUGGGACAACUUUGAACAAGGACGUACACAGAGCCCUGCUGCAGCUCCAAUUCCCCAGUCGGUAUCAUCGCCAGCCGACGAAGAUGAUCUUCUAGCUGCCUUCAAUUCUGCUGCGCCGGUUGACGCAUCCACUCAUUUCCCAGUCCCAAUCUCCGCUAGGUCAUCGCCUCAAAUCAAUACGAACACCCGACAGACACCUUCCAAUGGGGGAAUAUCUAUGCGUGAUAAUGCAGGGGGACUCAAUACGUUUGAAGAUGACGAUCCGUUUGGGUUGAACCAGUUGAAGCCCAAGGCCUCUCCCGCGCCUGCCCCCGAACAAGGCGACGAUGACGAUUUUCUUGGACUACUAGGGAAACCGGUGUCAGAAGUUCCUCGCCAGCAGUCGCCUCUUUCAUCUGACACCCCGUCGGACCGCGGACGCAACCAAGAUGCAUCCCCUAUGCCUUCCAACGACGUCGAUCGAGCCAUUGCAGAGCUGGUUGAUAUGGGAUUCCCUGCGGACAAGGCUCGCCGAGCUCUCAAGACCACGGAAUCCGGAACUGAUGUACAAGGUGCUGUUGGGUGGCUUCUUACCCAGGCCCAUUCCGAAUCUCGGCAGAAAUCUGACGGACGCCCCAACGGCCACCCUACUGAUCGUUCCGAGAGAAGCGACAGCCGUCAUCGUGAUGCGCCCUCCUGGAUGAGAGAAGAGAGAACACAAUCUCCUCGUGCUCGCGAUAACAGAAGCCCUGCAUCGGCGGACAAGGAUCCUGCGCAGAUGGCAUCGCAAUUCGGUAACAACUUGCUGAAGUCCGCGGGCUCGCUCUGGAAAACUGGUAGCAAGAAGUUCCAACAAGCUGUGAAUGAAUUCAACACCGAACAUGACUCCAGCCAGCCUCGUUGGAUGAGAGAACCUUCCUCACACGACCAAGCUCCCCCACAGCCUCAACGUCCAAGUCGUCGUGAGCAGCCUGACCAGGCUCAGACGCAACCGCAAGACUUCACAAACGAAGCACUUCUGCUUGAGUCUGGCGAUGGCCGGCCUCGCAAACCUACUCGUUCUCGUGAAAGCCCACAACCUGAUCCCAGGAGUCUUCCUCCGCGCAACCAACCCUCUCCAGCUUCUGUUCAACCAAGGCAGCAACCGAAUUUCCUCCAGCGCCCAUCCCGACAAAGUUCCCAGGAUCCGAAAUCUCGACUGUCACGGUUUGCCGCGGAAGAACAGUCAGCAGAAGCCUAUGUCAGUCCCGCGAGACGCAGGCGCCCACAAGCGUCACCGCAACCCGAGCCCAAUGUCGAUCUAUUUGAUUAUCCUGCACCUUCAGCGAGUCGUCCAAAGCCAUCUUCUCCAGCUCAGGCAGCUACACCUCCCGUGCGCUCAACUCCCAUUCCCGUGCGCCCCAAAGCCCCAGCACGGUCUAUUCCUCCUGUAUCGCCACAGGCACUUGAAUCAACACAUCGGCACCGUGGCAAAGCUGCAGAAUCAUACAAGCGAGGUGACUACGCAGAGGCCCACCAAAGCUUCUCUGCGGCUCUUGGUAUGCUUCCUGACAAGCAUCCGAUUACGCUUAUUAUUCGCAGCAACCGCGCAAUGACUGGCUUGAAAAUUGGAGAACCUAAAUCUGCGAUUGAAGAUGCAGAUGUAAUUCUCGCCUUCAUCGGGCCCUCUAGAGGCGAAUCUGAGAUGAUUGACCUCGGAAAUGGCGAAGCGUCCAAGCCUAUGAAAGACUUCUACGGCAAGGCAUUGAUGCGCAAGGCCGAAGCCCUCGAGCAGCUAGAGCGCUGGGGCGAUGCAGCACAGGCAUGGAAGCUGGCUGUGGAGUCUGGCCAUGGCGGAAGCACAAGUAUCGCAGGCCGGAACCGAUGUGAAAAAGCCGCUGGCACCAGCAAACCUCAGUCAAAACCCGCUGCCCCUGCCAGGAAGAAGCCGUCACCGGCGCCUAAGCAGGUGUCCGCUUCAUCGGGCCUCACUGCCACGUCGGCGUCUGGAAAAGACUUUGAAGCGGUUAGUCGACUGCGACAAGCUAACCAGGCAGCUGAGCGAGCCGAUGAAGAGAAGUUCGCUCUUACAGAAAGUGUCGAUCUUAGACUGGCUACCUGGAGGAACGGCAAGCAAGAUAACCUGCGUGCUCUUCUGGGUAGUCUGGACUCUGUGCUCUGGCCCGAGGCCGGGUGGAAGAAGGUUGGUUUGGCAGAGCUGGUUCUGCCAAACAAGGUCAAGAUUCAGUACAUGAAGGGCAUCUCAAAGGUCCAUCCUGAUAAGAUCUCUACGACUGCCACUACUGAACAGCGCAUGAUUGCUGGAGCUGUGUUUGGAACUCUGAAUGAAGCUUGGGAUAAGUUCAGGAUCGAGAAUAAUCUAUGA